AUGUCGUUUUCCAAACUCACUGCCACUUUUGGCACUCUCGCCCUCCUUUCUAGCGUCUCAGCCCAUGGCAUCGUGUCCGGUAUCGUGGCCAACGGCGCCUGGCAAUCAGGAUACGACCCCUCCUUCCAGUACUCGAACCCUCCUCCAGUUGUGGCCGGGUGGAGCAUGCCCCAAGUCUCCGACCGCGGCUUCGUCAGCGACUACACUUCCCCUGAUAUCAUCUGCCACAGGGGAGCCACUCCCGGCGGCUCGUACGUCAGCGUCGCUGCGGGAGAUUCUAUUGAGCUUCAAUGGACUGAGUGGCCGGAAUCACAUCACGGUCCGGUAAUUGAUUACCUUGCAGCCUGUGGCGACGAUUGUACCAACGUCGACAAGACCCAGCUGCUCUUCAACAAGAUCGACGAGGCUGGCCUGAACAAUGGUAAUCCCGCGCCCGGGAAUUGGGCGUCAGAUGAUUUGAUCGCGAACAACAACUCCUGGACCGUAACCAUCCCCUCCAGCAUCGCUCCUGGGAGAUAUGUCCUUCGUCACGAGAUCAUUGCCCUUCAUUCCGCAUUCGACGCCGGUGGUGCCCAGAACUACCCGCAAUGUAUCAACCUGGAGGUCUCUGGUUCUGGCACGGACAGCUUGAGCAGCGGCACCAAGGGCACUGAGCUCUACACCGCUCAAGACCCCGGUAUCCUCCUCAGCAUCUACUACCCUACCCUCACCGACUACAGUAUCCCAGGCCCGGCCUUGAUCGGCGGAUCUUCCUCCGGUCCUCAACCAUCUGUUUCAGCUUCCGCUAGUGCCACGAGCGCAGCACCAUCCACUGAUACUUCUUCCGCCAGUGCCACCUCGUCGUCUGCCAGCGUUGACAUCACCGCCUCGCCAGCCAGGCCUUCCGCAGUUGUCUCCCCUACCGACGACUUGCCAUCACCGGUCCCAACAACAACUGCUGACUCUGACUCCGCCACCACCACUGUGGAAUCAAGCUCCACAACCACCGUCACCGCCACCGUCGCGCCCACAGCAUCACAACCAGAGGAGACUGACAGCGCCACCGACGUGCCGCCCAUUCCUCUUCCUACGCCAGUUCCAGCGCCAGGAUCGAGCACCACGGCUCCCGUCUCCUUCACCAGCACGGUCACCGGCCGAAUCGGCAAGCCGACGAGAUUCGUGUGCUAUAUCGAAGACGACGAGUUCACGCUCAGUCCUGCCUAA